AAAACAGUAAGAGGAUAGACAACACAAAGUCAUUCCCCACCACCAGAAGCAGUAGACGAAUUAUCACAGGCGUUGGAACCUGAAAAUCGUUCUGCUCUGGUAGUUUUAUGUGCCACACAUACCGUGCCGUAGUGGACUAGUUUGUUCACGUUACAAAUCAAGAGACAUGAGUCAGGCAGAGCAGGUGCCUGAGGACGUGCCUGCAUACCUAGAAGAUGAGCCAGUAGCUACAGACAACAACAAGGACCACCCACAGACACAGCCUGGCAUGUUCGGCAGGUUGGCGGGGGGCUUGUACGGUGCCACCAAGGGAGCUCUUGGAGCUACGGUGGGCGGUGUGACCUGGAUAGGAGGAAAGAGUCUGGACCUCACCAAGACCGCUGUCAGCUCUGUAGUCGCUGUGCCUGCCAUGGGAGUGGGGCUGGUUAAAGGAGGAGUGUGUGCCGUAGCCGGAGGCGUGACUUCUGUCGGCUCUGCGGUGGUUAGCAAAGUUCCCAUAGGAGGAUGCAAAAAGAAGGACAAGUCUGACUGACGGAGAGAGGCGGAGAGUGAACGCACACAGCUGAGUUGUGUGAGCUCACACUGUGUUGUAGGAUUCAUGAACAGGAAAAGAUCUAAAGAGGACUCAAAACUUCAGUGUACUGAACUCAGAUACAGUUCAGUGUACACAUUUUGGUGAGGGGUCUGUGCUUCAUUUAUUUCUUUUGUUUGUUUGUUUGUUUGUUUGUUUGUUCGUGUGUGUGUGUGUGUGCGUGCGUGCGUGCGUGCGUGCGUGCGUGCGUGCGUGUGUGUGUGUGUUGGUAAACCCACAUUCAUACAAUUAUGUGGCAUGGACCUGCAAACCAAGAAGUAACAAAGACUGUCCGACUGUUAAAGGAAAACACACCAAACUAUUAUCACCUGUGCCUCAAAUUGUUCAAAAUGUCCAUUUUUCAUGUUUGAUAAUAAGCUACAAUACUGUUUUCACUGAAAACUGUUGUACUUGUCACAUUAGUUAACUUUA